AUGGCAUCGACACAACUCCUCACUAUUCUCACCGGUGUACUCGCCGUUAUCGCUCUUGGAAUUUACUUGUUCGGCAUUCCUUCCGAGUGGAAACGCGAGCUCGAGAGGCAGGCUUUGAAAGCAAUGGGCGAGAACAAGAUGUCGUACGUUGCGAAAGACCAGGUCAACAGAAUUCCCGACUCCGACCAGAAGAAUAUCCAGGACGUCAAGGGAGGAGUUGGAAAUGUCGUCGGAGGCGUCACCAACAACCCUCUCGGGGAAGCCACAGGCGAGGCUGCAGAUAGCCUGACCAGUCCGCUCACAGGUCGUUGA